CCUACAGCGCAGGUUAUUGGGCGGACGCGACCCUCGGCGCUGGUGGAUCUGACGCCGGAGCGCAGCGAACCGCCUCCCAGUGAUUCACUCCCAGCUGCUCAUGUUUUGUCCCGGGCAGCAAGUAGAUGGCGUCUGACUACGGCGCGGCCGCCCGUCUCCUUGCUAGAUAGCUGAGUCACACAGCCGGGCGCUGUAGUAAACGGCGAGCGCUUUUACCCCUACUCGCCCGUCAAUCCGUGCGCAAAAUCGGUACCGAUCGAGAGCCAGGACUCGGCGGGGAAGAUGCUGACGAUCACGCUGAAGACGCUGCAGCAGCAGACCUUUAAGAUAGAGAUAGAGGAGGAGCAGACGGUCAGAGUUCUGAAGGAGAAAAUUGAGACGGAAAAGGGGAAGGAGGCGUAUCCCGUGUCCGGGCAGAAGCUGAUCUAUGCAGGUAAAAUCUUAAACGACGACAUACCCUUAAAAGAAUACAAAAUAGACGAGAAGAGUUUUGUCGUUGUCAUGGUAACCAAGCCCAAACCUACCUCACCGGCUCCGGCUCCGGCCCAGCCUGCCCCCGCCACGGCUGCUGCCAGUGCACCCUUGCCCGAGGCCCCCCCCCCAGCCCCCGUCUCCGUCCCCGUUCCGGCACCCCCUCCGGCUCCUGCCCCUUCCACAGCACCGCCGCCCGUCCCAGCUCCUGCUCCCCCAGAGGAACACUGCGCUCCUAAAACUGGGCCGGCCGUCGCCGCCGGGUCUUCAGAAGCCGCAGAGAAAUCGGCCGACGCUGAGCCGGUGCCCGAGCCGCCCAGUGCCAUAGCCGAGGCGGAGGCCGAGCCGCCCCAGGACGAGCCCCAGGUCGAGCCCCAGGAGCAGCCGCUGGCCGCCCCGCCUAGCCUGGAACCCUCCAGCAUUGUGGAUGACCUGAGUCUUUUAGAAGAGGCAGCGUCAAUACUAGUUACAGGGCAGGCGUACGAGAACCUGGUGACAGAGAUCAUGUCGAUGGGCUAUGAAAGAGAGCAGGUCAUCGCAGCGCUCCGAGCGAGUUACAAUAACCCGGACAGAGCAGUGGAAUAUCUCCUUACGGGAAUUCCCUCCGAACCGGACCUGCCCGCCCGGGAGAUUAGCCACCCGCUUCCAAUGGCGAACCCCAGCACCCCCGCCACAGAGCGACCUCCGGCUCCCCCUGCAGCCGGCACGGGGGCUGUGUCUUCGCCCGCAUCGCAGUCCACCGGGAACCCCCUGGAGUUCCUGAGGAACCAGCCGCAGUUCCGGCAGAUGCGUCAGAUCAUCCAGCAGAACCCUGCCCUCCUGCCAGCUCUGCUUCAGCAACUGGGGAGGGACAACCCCCAGCUGCUUCAGCAAAUCACCCAACACCAGGAGCGGUUUGUGCAGAUGCUGAAUGAGCCACAUGGAGGUGACCUAGGCGGGGAGGGGGCGGAAGGGCAGGGAGUCCCACAGACUAACUACAUCCAAGUCACUCCACAAGAGAAAGAAGCCAUCGAAAGGUUAAAAGCCUUGGGGUUUCCGGAAGGACUAGUCAUCCAAGCCUAUUUCGCCUGCGAAAAGAACGAGGAUCUCGCCGCAAAUUUCCUCCUCCAGCAGAAUUUCGACGACGAGUGACUGUCUGCUCGCUUUUGAGGACGGGUGGAGUAGAGCAGUGGGGAGAGUGCAGUGUGCAAGAACAGGAGAGGGUCUCCAGCCAUUGUCAGCCACUCGAGAAUGCUCCUGAUUGGGCAAAGCCAUGAUAGCCACGCCCCUUUCUUCUGAAAUCCAUUGUCGUUUACACACUCUCACUGCUGCUGUUCCAGUUGGAUGUGCUGUGCGUGUGUGGGUUUUUUUUUGCAUUUACACUGACAGUUUUUUUUGCUUACCAUGUUGCUGGACCUGCUUACCAUGUACCUUCCAACCUUUCACAACGGGCCCGAUCGUUCUCUUUUGUACGCGUCUUACAUUUGGACACGGCCAUGUCGUCCGCGUAGAUGCUGUGCCAACAGUGGAGAGCUAACGAAAAUUAAUUGGCAGAUAAAAGAUGAUGACUGCAUCUUAUAUUGAUUUGGAAUUGUGACGUCGUCUCCUGCAUUCUGUCUGAGGAUCUGUAUCUCCCGGUCACAUUCAGGCCAACCUGCAAUGUUUAACACCUCACAUAAACAUAUUGUAAAUGAGGUCGAUCCCCCAGUGACUACAUAGGGUUAUUUAUUUUAGUUUGUUGUUACUCCAGGACAAACAUGACCUGAAAAACAAAAACAAUAACGUAUUUCUGUUUCGUCAUACAUAUUUUGCAUUUCUCUCGCUUGCGCGCUUUGUGGUUUCACUUGCAGCCCUAACGUUUCUCUGCACUCGCAAGUUCUCUCCAGAAAAGAAGGCAACAGGUGAUCCUUAGCUUUCCAAGAAAAUAAAAAAUUGUAUUUUGAAAGCUCGGCAGCUUAGGAAAGCAAGAUCUAAAAAUGACAUUUUGUUAGAUUACAACAAGCACAGAAUUGUUUUCGAAGAAAGGAGAGCAGACAUGCACUGAGAGUUUAUUGAUUGAUAGCGCUGCAAUUAAAACGUUUUCUCCAAAACUUCAGCGAUAAACUGCAGUCAGAGUUAGUGUGAUCCCCCAAUGUGGACUUUGUUUUAUUAUUAUUAUUAUUAUUAUUAUUAUUAUUGUUAAAUUAUUUUUCAAUUCAGUGGCGUUGUUCGGUUAACACUGAAACAGAGUGAUUUUAUUCAAAUAUAAGAGUUUGCAGUUUUAAAUAAAAUCUUAUAAAGUUUUAUUAGGAGUAACGGGAAGUUAAAGAACAUUGUGGUUAAACUGAUACGGGUCAAAUGGGAAAUACUGGUGUGCAUGAAAUACCGAGACAUGUUUGAAAGGAUUGUUUUUUUUUUUUUUUUGUAUGUGCGUAUAAAUAUUGGAGGGGAAGAUCUGUUACCGUGGAAAUGCACACUAAUGGAAGUGUUCAUCAUCCUGUCUUGAUCUGUUGUGUCAGUCAUCUCCGCCAUGCAAUAUCUUACAGUGAAAGACAGUCGGACAAAAAAAACCAUGUAGGUUUUUUGGUUGUCUGUGUGUUUUUUUUCUACAGUGAUAUAUUUACUAUGGAAAUCACCGCAGUAAUAUUUAGCUUAAACACCAUGUAACGUACCUAAAGUAAUUCAAGGUUACGGAGUUACAUGUUCCAGGGAAAGUAGCAUACAAAUAUAUAAAAACUCAAUUUAAACAUAAUGACAAUUAUUGUUUUCCGGAACUUUCCACUGAUCUCCACCACCCAAAAAAUUAUUAUCCAAGAUGAUCUUUGUUCUUUCCAAUCCUCCAAAGGAUUUACAUGAAUUCUUAUCAGUUUUAUCAAAUAUUUUUUUUAAAGGUAACCAAUAUCUCUUCCCCAAAUCAUCUACUUUUAGCCCGAUCUGCAAACUAUGUCAUGGAAUCUAGUCUAUAGGAGCAGCACAAAAUUAACAAAUCUAAAGUGUCUAAAGUAGAAAGCACUGGGGUCUAUAUGUUAUAAGUAUUCACACUUUCCCUCGAAGUUUUGAACACAUCUGACUGUUACCCUGCAGUGCUGUUGUAACAUACUGUAACUAGAACUUGGUUUUUACAGAAGUGUGAUUUAAAGAAUAAUACAUUCAGGAUAAAGUGAAGGAAUGUCGCACUGCAGCGCAUAGAGCUCGUGUGAGCUGAAGCAUGCUAGUUCAUUUCAAAAACGAGCAGUGACGUCACUAAUUUUAGCAUCAUUGUGAAAUUUUUGAUUAUUCUUUUGCCUUUAGAGUAAAACAAGUCGACGAGGCAGAAACGUAUUUCAGCCAUAAGCUCAUCACUUCCUGAAGACUCCGCUUCCUCAUUAGUUCUGGGGUUCAUUGUUUAGCAAUAUAUAAAAUAAAUAGCUUUUACAAAGCUGUA